GUCGCCGAUGGAGGUUGAUAAAGAUUGCACGUUACUUACAGCCUCUAUAAAUUAAACGGAUAUAAGCCGUUUGGUCCUCUCCCGGCUGCCGUCGGCGUCCGGGCUGCGCCAGUGAACGACAUUAGUCCGUCCACUUAACCGUUAUCGUAAGCCAGAGAUCUCUUAAGCAAGACACAAAGAUGGCGAACGUGGUGCUGGAGUUUAAGGCUUCUGCCGGUGACUCCGAGCCACUAAGUCGCCCUGUCCUGAUUAUUGGGCAGCAGGCCAACCUGCAGCAAGUCAACUGGAGCCAAAUCAAAGGAAAGCUGCAGCCAGUCGUUAGCAAAGAGAUCUGGCAAGCGGCUCUCAGUGCUUUGAAUCCAAACCCCACGGACAGCUGCCCCCUGUACCUCAACCAUGCUGUGGUGGCUGCCCUUCCUUCAAGGGUCAGCAGACACAACAGCCCGUCUUCUGCCCACUUUUUGUCCCGUCUGGUCCGUUCCUGCCUGCCUGGAGGGAACAACCGCUGCAUUUUGAUGGUGUGUGAGCAUUCAGAUGUGUUUGCAUCUUCCUGUGCCAUCGCUAGGGCCUUCCCCAUCUUCUCUCGUCGCUCUGUAUCCUCACGCAGGGCUGAGAAGAAGCAUGUCACUGUGGAGUUUGUGAUCGUUGGGCAAGACACUAGUCCUUUGGAUGUCGCAGAACUUGAGUGUCUAUCCAAUUCUGCUGAUGGAGUGCGGCUGGCAGCUCGCAUUGUGGACACGCCAUGCAAUGAGAUGAACACAGAUCACUUCUUAGAUGAGAUCAAGGCUGUGGGAACUGAACUUGGAAUUACUCCAGUGAUCAUUCGUGGAGAGGAAUUGAAACAAAGAGGGUUUGGAGGUAUCUAUGGAGUUGGAAAGGCAGCUGAGCAUCCUCCUGCUUUAGCAGUCUUGAGCCACACACCAGAUGGUGCAACCCAAUCUAUUGCAUGGGUGGGCAAGGGUAUCGUGUAUGACACUGGUGGACUCAGCAUCAAGGGAAAGACCACAAUGCCAGGGAUGAAGAGAGACUGUGGUGGAGCUGCUGCUAUUUUGGGAGCUUUCCAAGCUACUAUUAAACAGGGCUUUAAGGAUAACCUCCAUGCAGUGUUUUGCCUCGCAGAAAACGCAGUUGGACCCACAGCCACACGACCUGAUGAUAUCCACACUCUCUACUCUGGAAAGACAGUGGAAAUCAACAACACUGAUGCGGAGGGCAGGCUGGUGCUGGCUGACGGGGUGGUGUACGCCAGCAAAGACCUGUCAGCUGAUAUUAUUCUGGAUAUGGCCACCCUGACGGGGGCACAGGGGAUCUCCACAGGCAAGUACCAUGCAGCUGUGAUGACUAACAGUGAGCAGUGGGAGGUCGCAUGUGUGCGUGCAGGGCGCAGCAGCGGAGAUCUCGCUCACCCUCUGGUUUACUGCCCUGAGCUGCACUUCAGCGAGUUCACCUCUGCCAUGGCGGACAUGAAGAACUCUGUGGCAGAUCGGGAGAACGCGCAGAGCUCUUGCGCCGGCCUCUUUAUUGGUUCCCACUUGGGCUUCGAUUGGCCUGGUGUCUGGGUCCAUGUUGAUAUCGCCUCUCCUGUUCAUGCUGGGGAGCGUGCAACAGGAUUUGGGGUUGCUCUGCUUAUGGCCCUGUUUGGUCAGGCAUCUGAUGACUCCAUGCUCAACCAAGUGUCUCCUCUGGGUGCAGCCACCAACAUGUCCGAAGACCAGAUGGAGCGUGACUGCAAAAGACGAAGACUGGUGUAGAAGAUACAGAACAGUUUACUCCCCGACUCUGACUGCUCUGCUGCCACCACGUACCCAAACUGUUGAAGCAAGUACUCACCCAGUUAGAGAUAAAACAUUUUAAACUGUGAUUCAACUUUCCGUGUUUGAUUAAAUUUGACUUUGCUGAAGAAAACGGAUAAUCAUCAGUAAAUCAGAUGUGGUAUAUGUGACGAUGAUAAAACACAGGCCCCUUAUUGGUCCCCAUGACUUUGCACUUCCUGCACUGAUCAUAUCCAUAGCUUCUCCCUCUCCAAGAUGCAUUGAUUAUUAUAAAUUCUUUAAAAGCAGGUGGUUUAUAUUCAUUCAGGUUUUAAUAAUUGGCCAAUCCUUUUUUUUUUUUUUUUUUUUUUCAGCAGUGAUUCUUUGUCAUUCAUAUUUUACAGUUAAGGUUUUUUACCUCCUGAAACAUAAAAGUUGUUGUCAAAUAUCCACCUCAUCAAUAGGCAUUGUUGUAUGUUGAUACUUUAUGCAAAUCGAGGAUAAUGCCAUACAUGUUGUCUUAGACAUUGUGAAAAAUACUGGAUCGAGAUCAGUACAGCUAGAUAUUUCUUUUUUUUGGUAACCACUGCACUUACUGUAUUCAUCCUGUGAAAAGUUGGACUGUGUGAUCUCUGGACCAAAUGGAGGACUGAGUGCUUACUGCAGUUUAUAACAGUUUUGUUUUUAACAGAUUAAUGACGAGCAUUACCACACAUGCUUUGUCAGCACAAAAUGCACAUAAAGGAAGUUAACUGUAAGUCCAAGUAUUUGACAGAUUCCAGCACAAGUGUGAUGUUUUUCCACCCUUGUGACAAUCAUGUUGUCCUUCAAUAAAGGCAGUGCCAUUUGA